UACACGAGUACCAAGUAGUAAGCAAUAUGGGAGACACCACGCUGAAAGAAGUUGUUGAAAAUUUGACCGAUAUUUCUCCAGGACCGGAGACAAAUGGCACAGCAAAGAUACCAGCAACGCCAGAGGGGAUGGCGGUUGCGUAUGGAAGUUUAGUUUUGAUGGCAUUACUGCCAAUUUUCUUCGGAUCACUUAGGUCCGUAAGGUACCAUAAGGAGCAAAAGGAAUCUGGAGAAAAACCUGAAACGAUGUCAAGUAAAGAUGCAGCCAUGUUUCCCAUCAUUGCCAGCUGCACCCUCUUGGGGUUAUAUAUAUUCUUUAAGAUUUUCUCCAAAGAGUACAUCAACCUACUCCUGACAUUUUAUUUUUUCUUCCUUGGAGUGCUUGCCCUUGCGCACAUCCUAAGCCCUGUAGUGAACAAGCUGAUCCCAGCAGCAUUCCCAGAUGAGCAGUAUCACUUACUGCUGAGAAGAGGGAAAGAUAAAGAAAAGAGAGAAGAUCUCAUGGACUAUGAGUUCAACAAUAAAGAUCUUGUGUGUCUUCUCUUGUGUGCUGGGUUUGGUGUCUGGUACCUGCUAAAGAAGCACUGGAUUGCCAACAACCUGUUUGGGCUUGCCUUUGCUGUCAAUGGCGUAGAACUGCUACAGUUGAACAGAAUCAGCACAGGCUGUAUACUUCUAGGCGGGCUCUUUCUUUAUGACAUAUUCUGGGUAUUUGGAACCAAUGUCAUGGUCACUGUUGCCAAAUCCUUUGAAGCGCCAAUCAAAUUGGUGUUUCCUCAGGAUCUCCUGGAGAAGGGGCUUGCUGCUAAUAAUUUUGCCAUGUUAGGACUGGGAGAUAUUGUUAUUCCAGGCAUAUUUAUUGCCCUUUUACUGAGAUUUGAUGUCAGUCUGAAGAAGGGUGGCAAGGUGUAUUUCUACACUAGUUUUGCAGCAUAUUUCCUGGGCCUAAUGACUACAAUAUUCAUCAUGCAUGUAUUCAAGCAUGCACAGCCGGCCUUGCUGUACCUUGUGCCUGCAUGUAUUGGUGCACCACUCAUAACUGCCAUUGUAAGAGGGGAACUUAAAGAACUGUUUGCUUAUGAAGAUAACCCAGAGAAACUGGAGGAGACAAGUGAAGAGGAUGAGAAAUCUACAGAGAACAAACAGACAUCCAAAGAGGACGGAAAAGAAGAAAAGAAAAUCAAAUAAUAACAUCUCAUUGAUAGAAUGAUAUACUUUUUUGUGUUUUUUGAAGUAUAGUGCAUAUAUUUUCAGCUUUUUAUAUCACUAUUAUUUAUUUCAAAGUGAAUUGUACAGGUAGUGUACUUGGUUUCAAACAUGUUAUCAUUACAUCUGUAUGAUAAGUGAAAAGGAAAAAGUUGAACAUUGCUUGUUUCACUCUUUUUAGUAAUAUUAUUACUUUGUUGCAACUUGUUGGGAGAAUGGCAAAUAACUUUGUUCUCUAUUCCUGGAGAUUAUUAUGAACUAAAUUUUAUUGCCUUUGCCAUUUGGAAAAAUUAAUUGGGUAAAUGUGGUUUGGAAUGGAUGUCUAGUUAACAAUUUUCAUAGAAUGCUCAAACAAUAUUUAAAGUCUCACAUUAUUUAAUUUUAGUAACUAUUAUUUCCAUUAGAUACAUAUGGACAGAAACCAUUGUAAUACUGCACUCUAGGAUGCUGGAUAUUUAAGUGACACUGUUAUUUGCCGACCAGAGUAAACUCCUUACAUUUACGUUGUUAAUGUAAAAUAUCAAACAUCAGUCAAUGUCCUUUUUGACACUUGCCUAAUACAAUAGUGUUUCAGACUUGACUUUUUUUCUUAAACUUUUGAGUAUUAUAUCUGACAGAACUAUGGGUCCAUUUCCUUUGAUUUAGGCUGGUGAGUUACUUUAUUAUGGUUGCAUGUUGUAGAAAGUGACUUGGAUAUAAAUGUAUUUCACUAAUGAAUGUGAAGCAGAGAAAAUAUAGUUUAUGUAAAGUGAACAGCUAUACCAUUUGCAUGUUGUUCAGUAUAUAAAAUGUGUAUUUAUUUGAUCAGAAGUAUAAUGAAUGUGUUUUAGAACUAUCAGAUUUAGCGUAGAUGGAAAAAAUCGAAUCCUACAGCCACGAAAUCCAGUUCUUGAAUAUGAGUUUUACCAGGAUUCAGGAAUAGGUGAUUCUGACCUUACCUGGCCCAUAAUGCUGACGUUGUUAAGUCUUUCAAAUGGUGCUUUAGUUGUUCAAAUACUAAAUGUAUAACUAUUUUAUCUCUGUAGUACAUUGGUCACAUGAAACCCAGGGUCUCAGAAAUGUAGUCUUACUUAGUUUUUUGUUGCUUUAGAUAGUUAAGUAUUGACUAAAUAUGUAGUAGUCUUUAUUUCUUCCAUUUACUGAACACUCCUUAUUUUAUUUUUUACAAAAUAAUAUGUUAUAGUCACAGUAGGUGCAAAAGUGGUGCAAGGUGAAGGUUAUGAAACGACCGAAAAAAGAAAAUAUUCCAUUGAUUUAAUGGAUUUAAGAGAUAAAUAUAUUGAAUAUAUUCAGCAA